UGACGAGAAGAGACAAAGUCCAUUUGAUCUUCGAUAGAUUUGAUAUUAAUGGUGACGGAGGCCUCAACCGGGACGAGAUGGGUGCCCUCGUCAUCGCCGUCAACCCAAACGUCAACUUCAGCUGCGAACAGAUCUCCGCCAUUCUUGAUGAAGUUUUCCGAACUUAUUCGGAUUUCAUCGAAAAUCCUUUAACAGGUCUCUCCUUCGAUGGCCUUCUUCGUACCUACGAUGAUGGCGCCGGCGACGUUGAUAGGGAUUUCUCAGCCCUUUUUUCUUCCUCUCAGGUCAGUUUCAUAACCCAAUUGGAAGCUCCUUCUUGUUCCUCUUCGUGUUCGAUGAUUGGUUUAGCCGAUAAGUCGAGGAUAACCCAGAGAAUCCCAAACCUUAGGGUUGCACCUGCUUGGGCUAAGUCGCCUAACCAUGGUGUCGACUAUGAUAAUACAUGGAAGCUUGUUGAGGAUAUGGAGAUAGUUAUUAGAAGGAGAAUUAAGGCUUGUGCUCAUGGUCACAAGACGGAUUUUAGUGUAGAAUUUGAUGAUAAGAGGUUCUUUUGGGAUGAGAAUUGUGCAGAUUUCAGAACACUUUUGAAGGAAGUGAGGGAGAUUCGUGUUGCCAUUGAUCGGAAUUUGCCAAGGGAAGAAGCUUUUGAUCGGCAUAUGGCGGUUGGACGAACUCUGUUUGAUUAUAAGAUUCUUACAGAGGCUCUUCAUAGCUUCCAACGCGCGGCGGAUUUGAGCCCAAUUGAUGUUCGGCCCCAAUUCAGGUUAGGCAAUUGUUUAUGCUUGUUAGGGAGGUUGAAUGAGGCUAAGGUUAGUUAUAUGUUGGGUUUGGAGUUGGCAGAGACUAAUUCGAACAGAUGGUUGGGACUGUUGCCACAGAUACACGUGAAUUUGGGGAUUGUUUUGGAAGGAGAAGGGAUGUUGCUCAGUGCAUGUGAGCAUUAUCGUGAGGCCGCAAUUCUGUGUCCAACACAUUAUCGGGCUUUGAAGCUCUUAGGGAGUGCAUUGCUUGGAGUAGGGGAGUAUAAGGCAGCAGAGAAGGCAUUGGAGGAGGCAGUGUUCUUGAACCCAGAAUUCCCAGAUGCCCAUUGUGAUCUUGGGACGGUUCUUCAUGCAGUGGGGGAGGAUGAGAAGGCAAUUUUGGAGUUUCAAAGAGCCAUUGAUCUAAAUCCCAGCCAUUUGGAUGCAUUGUACAACCUUGGUUGCUUGUUUCAGGACUUGGGUCGGUUUCAGAGGGCUGCAGAGAUGUAUGGGAGAGUUCUGGGAAUUCAGCCAAACCAUUGGCGAGCCCAGGUGAACCGAGCAGUCUCACUAUUGGGAGGAGGAAAAGCUACGGAUGCGAAGAAAGCGUUGAGAGAGGCCCUCAAGAUGACAAACAGGGUUGAGUUAUAUGAUGCAAUGGCACAUAUGAAGCAGUUGCAGAAGAAAAAUCAAGGUGGCCGCUUGAGUACAUUCGCUAAGAAAAAUGAGGGUUUGGCAGAUGGAGUGGAGGUGAUUGUCGAGGAAGCAUCCAAAUUCAAAAGGGCAAAUGAGAAAACCACAAGUAGGGAGUGUCUUGCUGAUACUCUUCACAUCAGGGACUUCCAAAGGAUCACUAGACUUCAUCGAUGUGAUGUUUCUUUUCUGAAAAAGGAGAUAGGUGGAUCUGAAGAAUCUGUUUCACAUUCAGAGAGUGAAGAGCCAGAGAAGUCAAUAAGGAAGGCAACAUUAGAGGUGAUUUUGAGGAAGUUACUUCACUUUCUAAAACCAGAAACUUUUCAAGGAGCAGUUAAAGCAGUUGACCAGCAAAUUUUGUCAGUCUUGGAUGCUACCAGUUCUGGGAGAGUGGACUUGGGCAUGUUCUAUGCUGUCAUUGCUCCCAUCUGUGCUGGGGAACCAGGGAAACGCAAGCGUGCCGCCUUUGAUGCUCUGUUAUGGCGCUCGAGGAAGGAGGGUCAAGGUGUAAUAGGAAAGGUUGAUGCAUUAAUCUACAUGAGGUACUUGAGACUCAUUUAUUUCCCUUCUCAAGGAUAUAGUGACCAAUUGGUAGCCCAUGUAGAAGAGGAGAACAAAAUGAUUUCAUUCCCUGAAUUCCUCCAAAUAUUUGAUGAUGACAGAAGGGGCUUUGGCAUCUUGAGCACUUUGGUGAAACUUGAAACCUAUGGCAGGAUCCGUCAUGGUGGUCAUUCUUGUCAAGCAUGUCGGUACCCAAUUAUUGGGCCCAGAUUUAAAGAAAUGACUUCUCACUUCAACCUCUGUAUGACUUGUUAUAGUCAUGGCAAUGUUCCCUCUAACAUUAAGCAAGAACAGUACAGAUUUAAAGAGUACUGAAGUGAGGCUGAAGUAGUGAAAGAUAAGCUGAAGCUAUU